CACACCGCGAGUGCUGCGUCCUGCCGCGCGCGCGAACUGCCUAGGAGAGAGGAAGCGAGAGCCAGCGUGCGACGAAGCCGAGGCAAGCUCGGCCUUCCUCGACCGACUGUAGGCGCAGUCUCUCAUCGUCAGUCCGUCUCGUUCCUGGACCCGAGAGAGCACGCACGCUUUCGGGGUCAGACCUAUAUCCUCGGUGUCCGCCGCCUCGUCGCAGCCCUCAGCUGUCCCCUCGGUCACCGACCCGUGGCAUAUCCCGUUCUCGCACCGACCCUACGCUGAUCUCUCUGUGUGUCGUGUGCCGUGUAUUUUCGAUAGUGUCGCCUUUGUGGGGUGCAGUUGAUCCGCCACCGCCACUAGCGAGGAUAAACAGAGAAAGAGAGAGAGAGAGAGAGAGAGAGAAAGAGAGAGAAAGAGAGAGAGAGAGAGAGAGAGUGAAAGAGAGAAAAAGAGAGAGAAAUAGAGAGAAAGAGUGCCUGCGAUAUUAUUGUCAACCCCCUUUUUCCCUUCUCACCGACAUUGUUCUCACUCCGUCGGUCUUACAAUCAAUCCGAAAACCAUCUAAGCUUCGGUCGGCUCGCGAACGACUCGCCGUUGACUCUCGAGUCGCGCCGCGGCGUCCACACGGGGCAAGCCGAGCAGGAAAUACGAAGAACCGGGAAGCAUGGUCGAUCAACAGCAGCCGGACCAGCAACAGGAAGGCUCGGUGCCGAGUGUGGUGGAGCUGAACGUGGGCGGUGUGUUCUACACCACCGCGUUGACCACCCUCACCCGUGAGGGCGACUCGCAUCUGGCCGCUCUGUUCUCCGGGAAAACGCCGGUCGAGAAGGACGCGAAGGGCAGGUACUUUUUGGACCGGGACGGCGUGCUGUUCCGUUACGUGCUCGACUUCCUGCGCAACCAGGCACUGGUACUGCCCGAAGGCUUUCGGGAGAAGGAGAGGCUGAAGCAGGAGGCGAGUUUCUAUGGGUUGCCCGGAUUGGAGCGCGCGGUCCUGGAGAACGGCAAGUUCGCCGGCACUCUCACGUCUUCCGGCAAAAGGGCGACCGGAUACAUAACCGUCGGGUACCGUGGCAGCUUCGCGUUCGGUCGCGAAGGCCUGGCCGACGUGAAGUUUAGGAAGCUGUCGAGGAUCCUCGUGUGCGGCCGCGUCACGCUCUGCAGGGACGUGUUCGGGGAAACUCUGAACGAGAGCCGCGACCCGGACCACGGCAGCUCGGAUCGUUACACGUCCAGGUUCUUUUUGAAGCACAGCUGCAUUGAGCAGGCGUUUGACAUGCUCCAGGAUCAAGGAUUCAAGCUGGCCGGCAGCUGCGGUUCCGGCACCGCUGGCGGCAACUCGGAACAAUUGAAGCCUGGCAUGGACGCCGAGGAGAAUCGUUGGAAUCAUUACAACGUAUUCGUCUUCGUUCGCGAUUAAGCAGGGGUCUCUCGUUCCUCCUUCGGUAUGACUUAGCUGAAUGAGUCGGUUGUCCGGGUGUAGUUUGGUGUCCUGUCGACGGGGCCGAUGGUAUCCAGUUCCAGCGUCGAAAUGGCACCCUCAGAAUCCUGCGUCGUCGACGAUGGAACGGAGAUUUUCGAGGCUAACCUGAAGGCUUAUCCUUUUUCGGAACUGAUCACGAACCGGUAGAGUAAACAGAGUAGACGAGAGUUCCCGUGAGCAUUGUGCAUGUUAUUAUUCAAACUGAUCGAGCUAUUAGAGCGGCAACGUCACGCAUUCCUCUUCUCAAACGUUCUCUGUUAACGUUUCCUCUGCGAACGGAACCGGAACGGUUUUGUUGUCGAUGCUCGUCUUUAAAACGGCGCGGCUUUCGUCGGAAUCGCCAGGCAUUCGUCCUGCACGCGGAGCGUUCAACGUGGGAGUUGGACACGCCGAAAGUGGAACAGUAGAGAGUACGUUCAGAUUAAUUGCGCGGGACAGAAGCUAAUUGGCCGUGGCGCUAUGUCCGAGGAACCGGAAGAGGAUUCCAGGACGAGAUUAGUAUUGGAUCGUUGAAUCUUUCAAAGCUUGGUACAUUCGGGUUCGCUGGCAGGAGCAUGAAAAUUUGAUCGAACCGUAAAACGGGAGCUUUAACGGCAACAGUGAAGAGGCGAGGGUGGAGAUAGAACAACGGAGAGGAUUGAUGUUCGAUCAACAAAUUCGAUGGGAAGAGAAAUUUUAUUUGCGGCUGGGUUCAUCCUUCUCGCUUUAACUGGUCGCUCGCUGGGAUAGCUAUAUCGAUCGUCUGUGCCGGAAUAGAAAAAAGUUUCACACGUGCCGAACUUCAAUCCAGAUUCAAAGGACCGUCGAACGCCUGCAACUGGACCGCAUGUCCGGCAGAUUCCCGGCGCCAACGAUGUCGCCGGAAGGAAAUGAUCGAGACACCGAACGGUGUCGCUGCGAGGAUAAACUUUUGAGACCAACUAGCGUGAACCAAUCAGUCACUCGGAGUCCUGCGAUUAUUUUAAAACGGGUAACACGAGACCGGACGACGAGUGCAGUAGAAUAGACAGGGUUGGCCACCCGACGUUUCCCUUCUUUAUCAUUGUUAUCAAUCUUAUCAUCCGAACGAAUUGAGGGACGUGUGGACGGACGCUCGGAGCCUCAGCUUCAAACAACGCUGGUCGGCUGUUCGAGGUUGAGCCUGGCGCUGGACACGGGCCGGACGUGUGCUCGUGGAACUGUUUUGUGUGCACGGUACCGUGUAAACGUAGAUUCUGUGUACGUACACGCCGCCGCGGUGUUGGACACAUGUCGUCGAGCGGUCCGAAUGAUCGUUGUUGUACGUCGAACGUCUCCUCAUGAAAAUGGUUCUCCGUUAGAAUCUUAAAUGGGGCCGGUCACCGUGCGAAAGAGAAUAAGGAACGAAAAUGAUAGAGGAUGUUCGUCAAAAUGCAAUGUCUUCAUCGGAGAGGGCGGGCUCGAUCACGACCGAGUAUACUCUACCAUAAAUCCAGGCGAACAUGACGUAUCCGUGAUAAUUCCCUUGGACGGCGGUUAGGGCUAGAAUACACACUCCGCAUACGAACACCGCCGCUUGCGUUAGGUACUGGCGCGCUAUCCUGCAUUCGACGCUUCGAUGCACAACCAGAAGACCAAAGGCCACGCAACCGAGGGUCCAGGCUAGGCCGAGGUAAGCCUGGAGCAGGAUCACUGUGUCACCCAAGCCUUCUUCUUCAACUUGAUGCGCCUGGGAUUCAACGGAGAAACAUGGAACAAUUAAGGUGUAGAAUCGCCCUUCGUUGCGGAUGGUAGAGGGACGCGCUUCGAUAAAAAGUGCCCAGGAUAAAAGUGAGAAAAACUACGCCGGUCACCGCCUGGAGGCCCAGACGCCAGCCGAUUUUACUGAAAAGAAGAUAAGUCACGUCGUUUAUCAAUGUUUUAGAAGUUGACUGCAAGAUAAUUCACCAGGGGGAGUAAGAAACUAAAUCAACAAUGUAAAACAACUGGGAAAUAUUCUUCGAACAUUUUCUUUUAUCCAUCAGCUUUAACAGUGAUUAAGUAUUCAUAAAUUUAACUUUUUCUUCUUUUUCAAUUCCGAACGUUAUUCAAUUUAAACUGCACGAUUGCUAGGUACUGAAUUCAUUAUUCAAGCGUAUACCUAAUAGCUCCUUUUAUAAAAGCCGACAUGACGGCAAUACCAAGGCCACUUCCGGACACGACGAAGAUCUCGACCAACUCCCUUCUUCGUUUAAAAUACUGCGCUACCAUCAGCGUACUGCAGUCCCUUGUCAUGCCAACUCCUAUACCUGUGAUAAAUAGUGUAAGGUUUUCUUCCUAUAACGACUUUUGAUAACAGAACUAUAGUAUAUGAAUGUUGCAUGAAAAUUCAGAAGACUUUUGAAAUUAAUUUUUCAUUUAUUAAUUAACAAUUAAUUUAUUAGACAGGAUUUUAUUUAUUAAUUAACAGUUCAUUUAUUGGUCACGAUAAGAACAGGAUAGAAGGUAAUAAAAAGUAGUUAGCAUGUUUUAUUUAUCGUUAAUGAUUAAUGGUGAUUAAUAAGUGUCAUAUUAUACUAAUUGUGUUUAUAAUUGUUGCAAGUAUAUAUUUUAUUGUUGUUAAUGUUAUAAUAUUGAUUUCUCUGUUGCUUAUAAUCGUUUAGGAUUUACAAUUGCAAGUCGACUCACCAACAACGGUUCCAUAGCUGAAGAACAGCUGAUGGAACUGCGUAGCGAACGAAGUGAACAGGCAACCGAGUGCUGUAACGAGACCGCCUAGAACUGCUGUAAGUCUUGUGCUUUUCCUUCGGCAGAACGCUAUCGUCACGGGAGAAACCAGCAAAGCGACGCCUGUUGAGAUCGCGCCCAGCCAUCCUGAAAAAAGAUUGACGGCUUCUUAAAAAUCUUUGAACAAAU